GACUGUAAUCUUAACCGAGUGAUUCUGUUGGGACCGUAUUGGUUUGUCAUUGGAUUGUAUUUAAAAGAGAAUUUUAGUGUUUUUUUUUGUUUCUGUGCCAAGUUGUAAAAUGUUAUAAUCAAAUUAUAAAAUGGCCCAAAAUUUACAAAAGAAGCCCUCUAAGGGAAUCUUAAAGUCGUCUCGCAGUGUUGAUAACCAAGAUGGGGCGCCUUCGACCAGUAAGCGACAGAAAGAACAGAGGUUUGAUGAAAUGAAUAUAAUGGAAACCUUUCACCCUCCUAAUAAGGAUUAUGGGCAUAUGAAAGUCGAUGAACCAAAAACGCCUUAUUCGGAAGCCAUCGAUAGUGACUUAGAGACAAACGACGAACUGGACGCGAAUAUUCUGGCAGCGAAAUUAGCUGCAAGUAUGAAUAAACCACCCAAAUGUGUCGAAAGCUGUGGAAGUGAAGAUGAGGAAGAGACUGAAGAUGCACGUCAAAAGAGACUCGAGUUUGAAAAGAAGAGAAAAAUGCAUUACAACGAAUUUCAGGCUCUCCAACUGGCGCGGCAACUUAUGGCUCAGGAGGAAGAGGAUGAGGAUGACAAGACCCAAGCUUCAAACACCUGACUCACAACAUUACAUAUUAUUUGCUAAAUGUUCCAGCUGGGCUCUUAUCAAGUGCCAGCUUAGCAGACAAUAUGUUGGAACGAGCUCUUAAUUCAUGCCAUACGAUGUGUUCCUGUAUGGCUGUUAAAUCAAAAGUGCUUGCAUCGUUUAUACACAUUUACGAAGCCUUAAAAUUUAUUAGAAUAAUCAUUCGUAAACAUAAGAAAUCAGGAAAAUGGUAACAGUUACAUUAAAUUAAAGUGAUUAUACUUAUCAAACUUACAUUGAAGGAUGAAAUCUCUUGUUACUUACACAUGAGCCAAAUCUAUUUUAAUUUUGAGCUGACUUUUGAUUUUCUGUGCUAAUAAGAUUAGCAUUAUAAAUGUACACAAGUAUAUUUUUGUCAACGUAUGAUGUGAUAUUUUAUUAUUUAACUGUGAGGGUAGUGGCUAAAUGUGAGAUGAAUACCAUUGUCUCUCACCCACAACCUUUACAAACUAACUAAAUGAUUUCUUUGUCAUGACUUUAUUAUAAUAUUAUUGUAAAACCGAUUACAUGUUUAAAAAUGUCAGCUUGGACGAAAAACAGGUAACCAAUUUAAAUGAUGUAUUAUUGCGUGUUUUACCUUAAAACAGACGAAAUAUUGAUGAAAUAAUUUUAUUUUCACAAUUAAACUGCAUAUGUCAUUUGUAACGUCACAAAAGUAUUGGAUAUAAUACAUUAAAAUUAAUGUAAAACGUCUGUGUUCUUGUCUGAGACGAUUAAUGUUUUAAUGAGUCAUGUAUCAACUGCUUUCAGCUGUGACGCAAUACCAUAUGCUGGUUUAAUUGUGCUUUUAAACAAAAUGUGUAAGAUCUAAAUCAUACUUUUGUUAAUGUAUAUAGAUAACAUGUUGAUAUAGGGCAAUAAUAUACUAGGAUUACAAUUUUAUUACAGUGAAAAGUAAUCAACCUUGCUUUUUGUGAUUGAGCUUAACGAUUUGCUUACAUAAAUAAUACUUAUUAUAACAUAAAAUUUAUAUCCUCUUGAAGAUAUAAAAGUCAGUUGAGAUUAUAUUAUAGUUAUUGUUCAGAGAAUUUUUAAUAUUGUGGUACUCAUAAUGUUUGUUCCCUUUCAUUAUAAAUAUUUUUACAUUAAAGAUUGUAUUGAAUAUACGGCCAUGCUUAAUAUGUUAUAAUGUACAAGUGUCUCAUACAGUAUCAAUAUCUUACCCACUAAUGGAUGCUAUCUAAUUGUGUGUUAUAGAAAACAUUAUCUUCCAUAUUUUUACGAUAAGUAGUGAUAAACAAUUUGAAAGUGUACUUUGUAACUAGUCCUAAAUUAUUUGUAAUUCUUAAUUUAUAUUGCUAUAGGUAUUAAUUAUUUUUGAUACGAAGUGUUGUAGGUCCUUUAAGGCGAUGAGAGACCUAAAUUACUAUAAGUAACCCAAGAAGUUAAAUAUGGAAAUCAAUAAAAGCUUGACAUUUAUAGUCAUUCAUUCUACACAGUAAUAGUUUAUAAGCAUGGAUUGAUUUCAGGUCACAAAAUUUUUAAACAAAAAGGUCAAUUAGUCAUCUGGUGAAUAACGCACAAUAAAGUGUUGAUAUCAUGCUAUGUAAUUUCUUUAAGUGCUCAUUCACGUCGUAAAAUUAUUAGAGUGAUUCAUUUUCGUUUUUCAUACUAACUUACACGGGCUGACUGUUUAGUUUCACAAUGGCAGAUAAACCAUUUUAAUAAUAUUUUGUGUGAACGGGCACGGCAGUUUUAUCUUACCAUAGCUGGUAUACAUUAACAACAAAUACACCUUGUAUGUUAUUUACGUAUUUAUUUUAAUUUCUGUGGUAUAAUUUUAAUAGAAAUAUAAUAAAAUUGCUUUUGCAAAUGAUCCACAUUUGUAAAUACCUAUAUGUAGCAAUAAAAUUUCAAAUAAACAA